GUCAUGACCAAAAUCAGCUUAAGCUAAUAAAUAAUAAAUACUACUGGUGAAGUUUAUUGUUUUAAUAUUGGCUAUUAACAGAUUUUUACUUUAAAAUUAUUUUCGUGUUUAUAAUCAUAUAGUGUUAAAUUUACUAAACCCUGAUUUGAAAUGUCUAUCAAUAAGUUGAAAGCCGUAGAUUAUCCAUUGGCUACAGUGUUUGAUGCAAAUGAUCAAAGAAAUUUCCGGAUGUUAGUUUUGUGGUUAGAGGAAAACAUAUUACAAACUUAUAUUCCAGAAAAACGAACAGAGUUACGAAAUAUUGAUUCUCCUUCUUGGGACAUAGCAUUUAAAAACUAUUGUGUAUCAUGUUCUAGUCCAAUUAAAACAACUGAAGAUAUAGAUCAGUUGGAAUGGUUAUUAGGAGUGGCAAUUCGAUUAACAUACAAUAAACAAAAAAAUAAAUUUGAGUCUGAAACAAAAAAAACACUUGAAGUUUCUAGUGAUGUUCCAAUGAUAAUACCAUCUGAUAAUCCAAUCGACAAUCUUGAUGUUAACAGUAAUGAUUUCAAGGAAGGCAUUGAGAAACUUGCGGAUUUAUUAAAUAUUUCAAAACAUCCAGAUCACAAAAUUACAUUAGAAGCUAUUCAUAAAUUUAUUAUUAAAAGGCUUAAUGAAGAAGCAAUAAAAAAUCCAUCAACAGUAUUACCUAAGGGAGAAGCUUUUCCCUUAGAAAAAGUAAAAAGUUAUAAAAUUGAGUCCAAAGAUACAGCAGUUUUACAUGCAAUGAAGGUCUUGAGGUUAGCACAGUUGCAUAGGUUACGUGAUCUUCAAACAUGUAUUAACGAAUGUAUAGUUGCUAUGCAAGAAGUUACAUCUGAUCCAAAAACAGAUACAAAAUUGGGAAAAGUGGGAUAUUAAAUACCGAAUAUUUGAUUUAUUAUUAUAUUUAAUUAAACUUAACAUGUAUAUGAAUGGCAAAAAUCUCUUAAGAAUAAAUAAUUUACAUUUUUUUUAAA